AUGGCCGAACGCUGGGAUCGCGAUCGCUUCGAGCGAGCCCGCGGUGAACAAUCCAGUAGUCGCUUCGACGAUGAUCGCUCGUACACACGCAGCACACGAGGCCGCGACCAUUCUGAUGAGCGACACGACCGCCGACCUGGCCGCGGUUACUACGACGAAGACGACAUGGUCCGUGACCGCCGCUACUACGGCGAUGAGCCUCGCCAUCCCCAGCCAGAAAGGGAGCGAGAGCGAGAGCGAGAUGCCCCUCCUCCAUGGGCUCGCCGUACUGAUGUCCUAGAGAGGGAGAGGGAGCGAGAUUAUCCUCGCCGUGCUUCUCCCCCUCGCCGGCCGGGCUUCCUUCGCCGACAAUCAUCCCUUGAUACCUUUGACCGCCGACCAGGCUUCCUACAUCAUCGUGAGGAAUACCCAGCUCCUGCUCGCCGCGAGGAUGUCCGUCCUCGAGAUCAUCGAGACCCUCGAGAUGACUACCGUCCUCCUCCUUAUAUGCCCAUCCCUCUGCCUAAGAGCCGAGGACUUCCCCCACCUCGCAAAUACGGCGACGAGCACUAUGACGAUAUCAAAAUCGCCGAGCCUGAUUACUACGGAGAUGAAGAUUACCGUUCUAUGCCUGAACGUGUCCGUGAAAAGGAGUACACUCGAUCUCGCAAGAGCCGUGGCCGUAGCCGAGAUUCUCGCUCUACCCGUACUCGCUCAGUUCGUAGCGAAUCUGUCUCUUCUUCCAGCCGUUCCUCCAGCAGCAGCGGAGGUACCACAGUCAAGAGCGAAUAUCCCAAGAAGGGCAAGACUCGCAUUCCUGCCAAACUUGUUUCCAAGCGUGCUCUGAUUGAUCUUGGAUACCCAUUCUUUGAAGAGGGCAACACGAUUAUCGUGCAGAAGGCUUUGGGCCAGGACAACAUCGAUGAGCUGCUCAAGGUUAGCGAGGAUUACAAGAAGGUCGAGGCUGAAAUCGCCGCUUCAAGAGCGCCCAAGGCGCCUACUGCUGCUUUGCCACCACCACCUACGGAAAGGGAGCCUACUCCUGAGCCACCACCAGCAAAGACUCCUCCACCGCCUCCUCCUCCUGUUCAGCAAGCACCUCCUCCCGUUCAAGCACCUCCCGUCCAGCUGCCCCCCAUGCAACAAGCGCCACCACCUCCCAUGCCUCCCCAGAUGAUGCCAACCCCGGCUCCUCCACCACCGAUGUAUAUGCAGCCCCCUCCGAUGCACAUGCAGCCCCCUCCGAUGCAAACUCCUAUGCCUCCCAUGGCCCAGCCUGGCCCUCCUCCUACGUUCUAUCAGCCAGGCCCACCUCCUCCACAAACAGCCUAUGAUUAUGAGGAGACCGUUAUUCGCGAAGUUUCGCCAUCUCGAUCCAGCACUACCAUGACGAGCUAUGACUCUUACCACCGGGAUUCUUAUCAUCACCACCACCAGCAGCCAGAGGAGCUUAUCGUUCGAGCCCGCUCCCAGUCCCGAAAUGGCCGUGACAUUCGAAAGGAAAUCAAGGCUCUGGAGCGUGAGCUGGCUCACCGACCCAGAGGACGUUCCACAAGCGGCGAUAUCGUUCGUGCCGAGCGCUUGCCUGAUGGCCAGCUGAUUAUCAGGGAGGAAAGAUUAGAGAAGGUGGUUGAACACCGCAAACCUCCUCGUAUUGAGAAGGACAAGAAAGGACCUCCCCCUAAGCUCAUGCGGGCCAUGUUUGCUACUCUGACCUGA